GAGACGGCGAAGGAGGCGGCGGUGACGAAGCCGAUGUCGGUCGGCGGCGGUUGUCGGUAGGAGGAGGAGGGAGGUUGGUUUCGCCGGGCAGCUGCCGGCCGGACAGCCGAGAACGACCUCACCGGCAGAAGACGACUUCGGCUCGACUCGGCUCAUGACUGGCCCGGCCGGUGCCGUUUGUGAUUUCUGCCGACGGCUGCCGUUCGCCACUACCUCGGUCUCGUCGUAGGCUGCAGCAGCAUCUCAUUCUGCUCUCGUUCGCUCUGCCGACCGACUUGAUUGAUUAGGUUGGCAGCGAUUCCGUAACCCUCCUUCAGGCCCAGAUAAAUACGGCACACGCCUGUUUGCAAUCCCACCGAUCUGCGCUCCUGCACCAUGUUCCAGGUCAACCAGCUCAUUCAAAAAUAUCGCAAUUUCUCGCAAACUGGACGUGUACGACAGCACAACGGCGGUUCAUCAGAAGAAGCUGCUGACCUUCUCGGCCCAGAGCCAUCCGACUCUCUCACAGCGCCAACGUCAUCUACCGUACCAUUAGACCUUCAUACUGACGAUGUUCUGCUGGAACAGAAAUGCAUCAAGGACGUGCCAUGCAGUAGCUCAGAAUUCUCCGAUGUACCUUUCAUCGGAUUUGAUAGGUCCAUGACCCCGGCGUUGCCUCGCAAGGUAAAAAGUUCACCUUCACCUCAGCCUAGUUCGUCUGUAUUGGACGAUUUGAGCACUCUCAUCGAUGGAGAUCUCUUCUCCAAGCAGGCACCUGUUCAAACAUUUAAGACCACUAAACCCACUCUGAAUGAUUUGUGCACAUCAACCACGGUACCCAACGUCUCUAUCAGUCCUCUGGAUAGUCUAGGGAGAUCUAACUUUGAGGCCGAUCUUCUAUCAAUAUUGCCUGAGAGGAUAUCAUUUGAUCCAAAUUCAGUGCAGCUAGCAAAUGUGCCUCCGAGAACGGUGCUUAACAAACAAAAUAUCCUUAUCCUGCUUUACAACUGCAUUCCUCAAGCCCAUCAAUCAGCCCGAAGUUUUAUUGUCGCAAUCAUCAACACAAAUGUAGAAAAAUUACGACAUCUUCGGCUUACAAUGAGCACUGCUAAUAAGAAAGCCUCUGUCAGACUAGAGGAUAAAGGUGCUUUGGAUCUGGCCGGUGUCACGCCAAAUUCGCCUAUCGCCACCGCAUUUCUGAUGCUUUGUGUAUUACCGCUGGAUGAUAUACAUGAGGUCGACUUGGACUUUUCAUUGACAUACACGCUGCAGUUCGAGAGAUCCAUCACGGGCAAUAUCAUCGUAGCGCUUUAAAAUCGCCUUGCCAGUCUCAUUUUCAUGAGCUCAAGCUCAUAUGUGAAUAAUGAAUCGCCAUAUCUUGUCGCUGCACCGUAUGCACAUAAAAAUUGAAAUGUC